CUAUGACUAGGGAUACAAAAGUAAUUCCAAGAAGCUUCAAUAUAUAAACACACUCUUUUAGGGUUUUUGCUUCAAAAUCCACUAGCAUUGUGAGAGCUUUUCUUUAGCCGUCAUAGCUUUAUACUCGUUCUUUCAAGAAUGGAAUCCGCAACCAAGCAUGCCAUUGUGGUGAAAGUCAUGGGUCGUACCGGAUCCCGAGGGCAGGUGACUCAGGUGAGAGUUAAGUUUCUUGAUGACCAGAACAGGUUUAUCAUGAGAAAUGUCAAGGGACCAGUCAGAGAGGGUGAUGUUCUUACACUGUUGGAGUCUGAGAGAGAGGCCAGGAGAUUGCGCUGAGUGCAUAAUUAUGAAGGCCACAUGAAAUGCCUCGAAUACUUUGAUACUGGCUGGGAUUUAUUCCCUAUUUAAUAGUCUUCAGUUUUGUUUGCUUAGACACGUAAGUUUGGACAUGUCGAUUUUGAGGUGUUAACCAUGAUUCAUGUAAUUUUGGUGCACUUCCAAGUAUUGGAAUUGUUUCUGAUUAAAAGUUUGUAGCUUUGCAAAAGUGACGGUAACUAAUGGUUCUGAUUAGUUUUAGUGUGUUGGAUGACCAUCCAUCAUCUUGAAUCUUUUCUCCAUUGUUCCUAAUCUGUGAUUUUGGUUA